AGCGGAUCCAAUUCACUAAAACACCAGAAAAAACCGUCACCCUUCGCAGCUACCAGUCCUUCGGAGAAGAAGAAAGACUGAUUGGUGAGUGGACCAGUUACUCACCCGCGCCUCCUCCCCUCCAUGGACCUUCUUCCUCAGACCUCCACAGUACGGACACUUCGGGCGGUGCUGCUGCUUCUGUCGCUACGACGUCGUCUUCGAACGCUUCACAGGUGCGGGAAGAGGAGGACGAUGACAAUCGGUACCAGCAACACAACCAUUUCCGGCAUCCGGAGCUGGAGCAAAACCACGAAAUGGGCACUUUGUACGGUGGAAAUGUGCCCGCGUUAGAUGAGGUGUCGACGGUGAUUACGGAUGACACGUGGUCCUGCAUCAUCGUCCUCCUCACCUUCUGGUUCUUCGUGUCGUUGACUUUGAUUUUGGGAGUUUACGGGUCUUCGAGUUUGGAACUUGGCCCUAAUACUUCAAUUCUUCUGCAACCUAACCCAUUUUUUGUGCAGUCCAUAAAGGUACAAGAGCUGAAUGCAUCAAAUCCCGGGCCUGUACUAUAUGGUUUCUACAGUACUCCACCUCUUGAUACUGCCACCAUUUGGUCCGAAAUGCGUACUGUCUCGGUUCCAGCUGAUUCUCAUACGGACUGGAUAUAUUACCUAAAUGCAGGGUCUCAAAUAAGUAUAUCAUACAGCGUGAACUCUCCGAGCUCAUCUGUUUUUCUUAUUAUUGCUCAAGGUCAAGAAGGCCUUGCUCAGUGGCUCGAAGAACCAACAUACCCUAAUACUACUUUAUCGUGGAACCUCAUUCAUGGUAGUGGUAUGAUUGAGCAGGACCUAUCAAAGUCUUCUACCUACUAUGUUUCUGUGGGUAACAUGAACGCAGAUGUUGUGGAGGUGCAAUUAAACUUCACAAUGAAUGCUUUAGUGUAUAAUACAACUACGGCUUAUUCCAAAUGUACUUUCAUGGAUGAAUCCUGUACUUUGAAAAUUUUGUUUCCGGAGGGAAAUGUGGCUGUGUUGACCACUCCUGGUACAGAGCAGGAUACUCCUAUGGCAAACCAGUAUGUCAAACUAUCAUAUGGGCCAAGAUGGACCACAUAUAUCGUUGGUAUAGCCUGUGUAGGUGGGAUGACUGUGCUCAUGUUGUUGGCCUUCAACUUCUUAAACAAGUACCGAUUUACCAAUGAAGAUGGAAUAAGAGUACAACAUGAUGAGUUCAGAUCUGAGAGAGCCCCAUUGCUUUCCUACAAAGAUGAUGAUCAAUCAAGUUGGGGCUCAUCUUAUGAUUCUGCCUCAAACGAUGAGGGGGAUCUUGAAGACUUUCUGGCUGGAGAAGGGAAGUCGUCAAGAGAUGGUGAAAGUAAUAACACUCGUCGUCUUUGCGCAAUCUGCUUUGAUGCUCCCAGGGACUGCUUUUUCCUUCCCUGCGGGCAUUGUGUGGCUUGUUUUGAGUGUGCAACAAGGAUUGCGGAGGCAGCUGCUACUUGUCCAGUUUGUCGGAGGAACAUAAAGAAGGUGAGGAAGAUCUUUACAGUUUAAGUAAUUCAACCUCCUUGUAAUGCUGGUGUGCGCCAUUCUUUACUACUUGUCAAUAUAAAUGAUCAGAGCUAAAUUUAGAUGGUUACCUACUUACCUGGGUAGUUUCUGAGUGCGGAUUAAAAAAGGCCAUGCCCUGUCGUUUUACAACGGCUUACCCAUAUGUAUUAUUAUUUCCGGGUAUAGAGAGCCUCGAUACGCCUAAAUAGGAUAAAGAAUUCAAAUUUCUCGAUUCUUUUCUUUCCCACGUUGUAGGUUGGGUUAAGUUAUUUGAUUUUGAGCUGUAAUCUUCAACGAUAAUAAUGUUGUUGAUGUAUAUUGUUUGUUCAACCCCUUUUCAGACUGCUCUACAAAUUUAUGCAUCUUAUUUUGUGUGA